UGCUUUAACGCAAAGCUCUCCCUCAAAAAAACAAAAAAAACCCAAAGCUCUCUCACCUCACCGCGGCUGCGCCUAAAACCCUAGCUCCCGCCGCCGGCGAGCAAAGAGAUGAUGGAUCAGAGGUGGCGUCCGACGGUGAACGAGCGGGAGUUCAUCGAGCAGGCCCUCCAAUCCGACCUCCGCGUCGAUGGCCGCCGCCCCUUCGACUUCCGCAAGCUCAAAAUCGUGUUCGGCAGAGAGGAUGGCUCGGCGGAGGUGGAGCUCGGCGAAACGCGUGUGAUGGGCUACGUGACUGCCCAGCUGGUCCAGCCGUACAAGGACAGGCCUAGCGAGGGGACGCUGGCCAUAUUCACAGAGUUCUCGCCCAUGGCUGAUCCUGCCUUCGAGCCAGGGCGACCUGGGGAAGCAGCGAUUGAGCUGGGCCGUGUCAUUGACCGUGGCCUAAGGGAGAGCCGAGCUGUGGAUAUGGAGUCCCUGUGUGUUGUUGCGGGAAAGCAUGUCUGGUCGUUGCGUGUGGACCUUCACAUUUUGGACAAUGGGGGGAAUCUUAUUGAUGCAGCUAACAUUGCUGCAUUGGCAGCUUUGUCAACAUUCCGGAGGCCUGAAUGCACUGUUGGUGGGGAAGAUGGUCAGCAAGUUACAGUACAUGACCCUGAGGUUAGGGAUCCACUCCCACUAACAAUUCAUCAUCUCCCCAUAGCCGUAACCUUUGCAUAUUUUGGUGACGGUAAUAUCAUGGUUAUCGAUCCAACAUACAAAGAAGAAGCUGUUAUGGGAGGAAGGAUGACAGCUACAAUUAACUCGAAUGGUGAUGUAUGUUCCAUUCAGAAAGCUGGUGGAGAGGGUGUCAUGUCAAGUGUUAUCAUGCAGUGUUUAAGGAUUGCUUCAGUUAAAGCUGCUGAUAUAACAAGCAAAAUAAAGAGCAAGGUUGAAGACUACACCACUACGAAGGCAUUGCAGAAAGUAAAGCGUACUCCAGCCUUAGUGCCUAAAAAAGUUCAUGUCCCUGAUGUAGCUAUGAAGGAGAGCACUGGUGCUUUGGAAAACCAAGCCUCAAAGACAUCCAAUGAUGUUCAGCAGAUAAGCAAAGGUGAUGACGAUCAACAAAAUAUGAAAAGGAAUUUGCCCUUGACUGGGGAUCGAACUGUUAAACACAAACAAACAUCCACAUGCAUUGGUGGCCCAUCAAAUUGGGAUCCAUACUCCAAAGGAGUUUCAUUAAGCUCCCUCAGAAUCUCUCAAUUGCCUGAUCCACCAGCCACAGUGAAGGACAACAAGCAAGAGGAUGUCGAACUAAUGUUAACUGAAUCUAAUCCGGAGGUGAAAAGCACAUCAAAUUCUGGAGCCGCUGGAGAGACAGAUGAGGCCCAGGAGAGCAGAACGCCCAAGAGUUUAAAAGAUGCUGUCAAACCGAAACAUAAAAGAAAGAAGAAACAACAUGGCAAGAGUUAGACUAACUCCAGCUUAGCGUCAAAAUAGCAUGAUGACUGUAGAAACAGCUGAUAACUUUUUUGUUCUGUUUGAUGAUGCACAUGCAGUGUGUCAGUUUGAGACACUUCUCUGACGUUUGAAGUUUUGCCCCAACGAGCAAUAUUGCUCUCUUUUAUUCAGUCAUGACUAUUCUAUAAUCUAUAAUUAUGGAUGUGCUUUGGGGUUUUGUUUGGAUUAUGUCAUGUGUACUAGUACUUGGCAUAUUUUGUACAAGCUGAAGAACAUUAUUCUUGAAA